AUGAAAAUCCUCAUUGUCUUUGAGAAGCGAGAUGAAUUAUCGCCAAAGGGAAGUGAACUAAUGAUUCGCCCUGGUGCGUCUCGCAUUCUUCAAUCCUGGGGCCUUGGAGACGCCAUUGAACAAGUCGCGGACAAUUGUCUCCCGUUCUCCAUCCGAGACCUGAAGACCGGUAAGGAUAAGAUACGUGCUUUGCCAGCAUCCCUCUCCAGAUACCCGGAUUGGGGAAUUCAUCGGCCUAUUCUACAAGAUAUUUUCUACCAACAUGCCAUCCAGGCUGGGGCCGAAAUUAUCUUCGGCAGUAUCGUGGAAGACUUUUCGGACGAACCAGACAGAAGGCCAAAUUUACAACUUCGAGGGGGCAAAACAACCUUUGGCGACCUUAUCGUUAUUGCCGACGGAAUUCGAUCACGCUUACGCGCCAAAGCCUUGUUCGACACAUCUGCGGGGUGGUCAGUGGACCCCAAAAUCAGCGAUUCAGUAUUCUAUGGCGUAACAGUGCCACAGCGAGACCUAGAAUUAGACAAGGAUGCCUCUUUAUUGCUACAGCAAGUUGAACCAUGUGUUUGGGCCGGUAACGAACGUUUUGUUGUCGGUCGCAAGCCUAGAAAAAGUGAAUUCUGGAGCGGAUUGUUCGGGCUCAAUCAUGAUGAUGGCCAAGCUAAUGGAAAAUUGCCCAAAUGCCAAAUCUUCCUCGUUGGACGAGCAGGUCUGGCAGAGCCAUCCUACUGGGAGAUUCCGCGCAUGCAAUGGAACCCAACGCAGCACAGACAGGGAUUAUCACAGAUUAUUGAGGAUAUUGGAGUAUUGCAAACAUUGAUUUUGUCAUCUCCUUAUUUGGAUAUCUCAAUAAUUACUAGAUCCUGGGAAAAUAUCCGAAAACCUCGGGUUGAACGCAUAAAGUCCUAUGCUGCUUGGAACACGCAAAUGUUCAUCGGUAACAAAGACCGUGCGGCUUCGCAUCCAAAAUAUCUUGAUGCCGACUGGGAUUCUAUCAAAGAUAUGGAGCCCAAUUCUGCUGCCGAUUUCACAAGCCCUGCAUUUUUCAAGUGGGCCCACGACUAUGAUGCGGUUGAACAAGUGAGUCUGUGUCCCGCUUGGCUCAUGUGCAUUCCCUGA